AUGAUGUCAAUGGACAUUCCGAACGCAUUCAUUCAGACCUUGAUGCCAGAUUUAGGUGAUGGAGAAGAUCGGGUGAUCAUGAAGGUAACUGGACUGAUGGUCCAAUAUAUGAUCGAUUUGGACCCGACCUAUCGCGAUUAUGUUGUUUAUGAGAAUGGCAAGAGAGUGAUCUAUGUUGUGAUCCUUUGUGCCAUAUAUGGAAUGUUGCAGGCCUCGUUGCUGUGGUAUCGAAAUCUGAGAGCUUCUCUAGAGGAGUAUGGCUUUGUUUUUAAUCGAUAUGAUCCCUGCAUUGCCAACAGAAUGGUUGAUGACAAACAAUUGACAAUCAGGUUCCAUGUUGAUGACGUUUUGGCAAGUCACAUGGAACAACAAGUACUUGAAGAUUUUUUCACAGGGGUGAAUGAAAAAUAUGGUGGCUUAGAAGAGGUCACAUGUACUAGAGGUAAAGUUCAUACUUAUUUGGGUAUGACAUUGGAUUUUUCGAAGAAAGGAAAAAUGAAAAUUCGCAUGGAGGAUUAUGUGGAUCGCAUGCUGAGUGAGUUUCCAGUCAAGUUUAAGGAAAAUGAGGUCCAGGAGACACCAGCCGGAAAUAAUCUACUGGAGAAAGGUAAAGGGGCACCGCUUGAGAAGGAACGACAUGAAGUGUUCCAUUCGUUUGUUGCCAAAUUGUUAUUUUUGUCCAAACGUGCUCGUCUGGACAUCAGUCCAACAGUAUCGAUUUUAGCAUCAAGGGUGCAAUCUCCGAAUCUGAGUGAUUGGCAUAAACUAGUUCGAUUGAUGAGAUACAUUCAUUCUACAAAAGGAUGGCAUCUGACAUUGAGCGCUGAUGAUUUGCGCGUGAUUAAAUGGUAUGUCGAUGCAUCAUUUGCUGUUCAUCCAGACUUCAAAAGUCAUACUGGAGCUGUGAUGACAAUGGGCACUGGAGCAGUGCAAGCAAUUACACAAAAGCAGAAAUUGAAUUGUGACAGCAGUACACAUGCUGAACUAAUUGGAGUCCAUGAUGCGAUGUCAAAUAUUUUGUGGACCCGCUUAUUUAUGGAAGAACAAGGUUACCCAAUCGAGAAGAAUAUACUAUACCAAGAUAACAAGAGUUCGAUCCUACUUGAAACGAAUGGGAGAUCGAGUGCCGGAAAAAGGAGCCGUGCGCUAAACAUCCGGUAUUUCUUUGUGACAGAUCAAGUCGAAUUGGGCAACAUUACUAUUGAACACAUGCCAACUGAUGAAAUGUGGGCAGAUUACAUGACAAAGCCUUUACAGGGCGAAAAGUUUCGCAAAUUCCGGGCUGUAAUUCAAGGUGACCAGGAUUAG